AUGCUGCAUGCUGAUUUUCGUUCGACCGCUACGCAACAAUUUCAACUACUGGCUAUACUUUGUCAAUCAAGUAUUCAAGAAACUGAAGAUGGUCUUGAUUUGUUUUUUCAUACUGAAAUUAUUAGUGGCAAACUAAUGAAUAAAGAUUUUCUUUUAGCUGAAGCUCCCUCUCGUAUUAGCGCACUCAAGAGGAAUGCACUUGAUGCAUUUGAUUAUAAACUAAUGUUUAUUCGUGAGAUGAUUGCAGGCAAUGUUCUCUUAUCAUCAACGGCAACUAUUUUCCAAUUUAACUUUCAGUAUUAUGCUGGCGGAUCCGGACUUACUUGGGGGAGUGCCGCUGGUGAUGUUACUUUUUUUCAAUCGGACAAGUCUUCUUGUAUUUGUAGGGAACAGUUUACAUGUUCUACACCUGCACUAUUCUUAGAUAAUAGUAAUAAUUCGUCUGCUUAUUUUUAUAUUAUCGAUGGAUGGUAUAUUGGAUGUCGACCAAUUGAUUCACUUCUUUCAUCAACAUUAAAAUUUUUUUAUAAUCAAACAAUGAUUAAUUCAUUGUUACAAGUUUUUAAUAAUACAUCAUCAAAUUUCACAUGUUUAGAUGCAAACAAAGAAAGUAUAUUUGAUUUGAAUACUACUUUAUCAACUAUUAUUAAAUCAGGUUUUAUUGAAAAAUGGAUUGAAAAUAUAAAUUAUUCAUUAUAUUUUAAUUAUUGUGCACCAAAAUUGUGUUUCUAUACGAUCAAUAAGCGUUUCAACAUUUAUUAUAUUAUAACUGCAAUUAUUAGUGUAUACGGUGGUCUUUCUACUGUUCUAAGUCUUAUAAUUCCAGCUAUUGUAAGAUCAAUAAUUCAACAUAAUGCAGAAACAUCUCGCAGAGAUUAUUCUCUUAGACGAUUGAAACAAUUAAUUAUUACUCGGCUUCGACAACUUAUUCCUGCUCUUAUUGAAAUGAAUCUUUUCCGUUCAUCGACACGUCUUGAGCCUUUAGAUAUUUAUCAACAACGAUGGUCAACUCGAUUGUACGUUACUUUUUUGUCACUUUCUUUUAUCAUUAUAACAAUAUACACAGCAGCAACAAAAGAAACAGUUCAUAUAGAGUUAAUUGAACCUUCGCUCGAUGAAGUCUUAAAUCUUCAGCAACAAACUAAUUUAUCAUCACUUCAAUGUCCAUGUUCUCAACUUUCUUCAUCGUUUAAAUAUUCAAUUGAAUUGAUUUCUACCUAUCACGAAAUAUGUGACAGCGACUUCGUAUCGGACAAAUGGAUUCGUCUAAUGCCACCUUCACUUAUUUAUAUUCCCUCCUAUUUUGAAGAAAGUGGACCUAUUUUUAAACUCCUUCAAUCAUUUUGUAAAUUAGCCAAGAUAACAAUAAAUAAUGCUCUUAAUAUAUUCUAUGCAAGACAAUUAGUUACUCCAAAUCUAAUCACCGAAGAUCUCUUCAAAUCUCUAAUGAUUUCUGAAGGCGAAUAUUUCAAACAUGUUACACCUAAUCGUUUUUCUUAUCUCUUGGAAUUCAUACGUCAAACAAUGAAAGUUAAUCAAUUUAUCUAUGCUAUAUACACAAAUUAUUAUGUAUUGAUGGAAAAUGAUACAGGGCAUGUGUUAGUUUACAUUCAUCCUUCUAAAGACUGGUAUGAUCUUAAUAAUCAUAUUGAAUGUUCCCUUAUCUUAAACCCAGUUUGUAUAUUAGAAACAACUUUAAAUAGCAAGGAUAUACACGGAGUUGUCCUAUUUGUACCUGUAUCUGGCUUCUACACAUCUGUAUUCUAUGUUAAUUCCUUACUAUUAACACAACUCCAAUGUUUGUAUAAUCAAUCAUGUGUUAACAUUAUUUGUGAUGAAAUUCACAGCAACCGUAAUUUCACAGCAUUAUCUCAAACAAGUCGCUUUCCAGAUAACGUCACCAUUGAUUUUCUUUCAAAACAUUUGUUUGCUGAGUUUUGGAUGCAAAACCCAAAUUAUAUGGGCUAUUUUAAACAAUGUCAACCUCAUUCAUGUUCGUACACAACCAAUCAACGACGUACUUUCGUUUUACUCAUGACAACUGUCAUUGGUCUAUCUUCUACUGUAUCUGUUAUUCUUCGAUUUAUAUCACCAUUUAUUAUAUCUUUUAUUCUUAAACGUUGUCGACGAACACAACAAACAAACUCUUCUGAAGAUACUCAACCAGGUAGUAAAUAUUUUUUUGAAAAUCUUUUGACUUGUAAAGCACGAACACAUAGAUGGACUGUGAUUAUAUCUGCAGGUUUGAUUGUAAAAAAUCCACGAAUAUUGAACUUUGAUAAGGGAUAA